AUGGAGAUGCUGGGGAGGUGCGAGAAGAAGGUGAAGGCCUCCAAGAAGAAGAAACGCUCCAAGGCCAAAGCCGAGAGGGAAGCAUCCCCUGCGGACCUUCCCAUUGACCUGAACGAGCCCACGUACUGUCUGUGCAAUCAGGUCUCCUAUGGAGAGAUGAUCGGCUGUGACAAUGACGAGUGCCCCAUCGAGUGGUUCCACUUCUCCUGCGUGGGGCUGAACCAUAAACCCAAGGGCAAGUGGUACUGCCCCAAAUGUUGAGGGGAGAACGAGAAGACCAUGGACAAGGCCCUGGAGAAGUCCAAAAAGGAGUGGGCCUACAACAGGUAGUGGCGGGCCUGGCUGGACCGAGGCGAGCAGGGCGAGCUGUGUAUUUAUU